AUGGUCCACGUCCCCACCGAUCGGAUCCCCCGUACAAGCCAAUCCGCGUCCGCAGCGCGGCUGAUUGGCAUCCAGCGGGAAAGAAGCGGCGUCCCGGCUGGGCGCGGCCGCCGUGGUGGGCGGGCAGAGCGGGCCGGAACCCGGAAGCGUCUGUCCCUGCAGCGGCCGGCGGGGGCGAAGCCGGGCUCCCGGGAUCGCCAUGGCCACGCCGCGGCAGCACGCCAAGAAAAGAGGGCACCUGUGACUCCAGCGUCUGACAAGCCAGCCGGGACAGUGGCCGCUGAGGAGGUCCCCAGUUUGACAGAUGAGGACACCCAGGUCCCACCUCAAAGGCGACUCUACACGGCAAGUUUGCCUCCUGAGGGGUACGUCCCUGCUCCGCCAGAGCCGCAGGGCAGCCCAGCCUCCGAGGACACGUCUGGCAGUGAUGACUCGGGAGGAGGGUGCCAGCUCCCAGAGGAGGAGCUUCCUGACCCGCCGAAGAGAAGAAGGGCGAGAAAGCAUAAAUCCAGGAAGAGUCUUAAAGAUCCCAGUAAUGAUCACACGGAACCAGCAGAAUUAGAGAAACAGCAGAGUCUUUUACAAGAAAAGUCGCAGCCACAGCCCACAGAUGGCCCCACGAUCAGUAGAAAUAAGAAGAGGAAACUGAAGAAAAAGCAGCAGAUGAAGAGGAAGAAAGCCGCGGGUUUACUCACAGCAGCCUCUGGCCGCAACUUCAUGUACCAGCCCGAGGAGGGCGACAGCGAUCCAGGAGACCCGGCCGACGGCGGCGGGGACGCUGAGGGGGACGCUGAGGAGGACCGUGCGGACGCCUGCGGGGAGCACCAGGACAGGACAGAUGCCAAUGAGGAAGAUGUGAAAAGUACCGAUGAGAAGGCAGAUGGGAUCCUAAGCUUUCUGAAGUCGACACAAGAAAUUUAUUUUUAUGAUGGUGCCUGCAAGGAUGGGGGCUCAGCCGUGUCCCCGGAGGCCUGUCAGGAGCUGCUCCAGCGUAUCGAGGACCACAGCGUGUCCCCCUCCGACGUGCUCCUGGUGGAUCACAUGAAAACACUGUUACUCAUGCGAGACACCGCGAGCCUGCAGCGCGUCCUGGAGAGGUUCCCGGCGUGUUGCACCAUGCCGCCCGACCAGGCCAGAGUGCUCUCGGCUUUCUUUAAUUACUGGAUCACACAUAUCCUUCCCGAGAAACACUGGGAAUAAAUCAGUGCGUCUGGAAGAGCGAACAUUUAGCAAGAAAAUCUCAAAGGCAAACAUGAGGUCAGCAGAGACAUCCCUACAAAGAAGACAGAAUCCCCCCGACUUCUGUUGUAACCCGGAUCCCGGGAACGAGGAAAACAUCCCGGCGCAUUGUUUGUUUGUGUGUUGUACACAGUGAGCAACACGCAGUCCGAGACUUCGAGAAACCGGGAUAAAAUGGACCUUUCUCAGUUAUCGGAAAUUGCUGUGACUCAGAUUACUGCCCAGUGAUCCUGUUGCUUUGAUUCUUGUAAAAUUUGAAAACAUGUUCUGUUAAAUGUAACAGACUGUAUAAUUUGAAAUUGUUUAUUUUUAUAGAGCUAUAUAAACUUGUAUUCGAAACUCUGUGUUUUAAGAACACUUUAUGGAUGUUAAAUGUUGUGGUUUCAGUGACAUGAUUCUGGUCGAAUUUAUCAUUUUCUUCCUUGUUGGCUCUUGUCUGCUUUGAGAACAUCAGGAGCAUCAUUUUCCCAGUCUGACCUUUCCUUUUGUGUUGGUGAUAGUCACCUGUUGUAGGAUUAGAGGGUUCUAGAAACACCUGUCAGCGGACUCACAGUUUAGGAGGUCAUUAGCUUUGUCCAUGAAAAUGUAUUUUUUCAUUGUGGUAAACUAUGCAUGACAUAAAAUUCAUCAGUGUACAAUCUAGUGUCCACGAGUAAUCUGCAGUUUUGUGUUCAUGCUAAACAACAUCCCACGAUCUGGGUAUGCCACAUUUUGUUUACCGGACAUCUGGCUGUUGUGAUUAGUGGACACCGUGCACGGAAUCCUGUGUGCACACGUGUGUUCCCACCUCUCAAGGGGUAGGGUUGCUGGGACUGAUGGUAACUCUGCGUGCGACUUCUCGAGGAAAUGCUGGUCCGCUGUGCACGGUGGCCACACCACCCUGCAUCCCACCAGCCCUGCAUGGAGGUGCCAUGGCCCCCACAUCCAUACCGACACUCGUAUCUCCUGUUUCCUUGGCGGGAGCCGUCCUGAAGGCAGCGAAGUGAUGUCUCCUGUGCUUUCAGUCCACAUUUCCCAGGCGCUGAUGCUUCUGCGCAUCUUUUCGCCUGCUUGUGGACCAUUCUCUUUUUCAGGGAAACACCGGUUGAAGUCAAUGUCCAUUAGGGAGUUGGAUUAUCUGGUUUCUGUCAUUGGAUUAUAAGAAUUCUUUAUAUAUUCUGAAUACUAAUCCCUUAUCAGAGAAAUGAUCUGACAGUGUUUUCUCCCAUUCUGUGGCCUGCCUGCCUUUUCUCUCUCUUACUACUGUUUCAGUUGUUUACAUUUUGGUGGAGUCCAGCUGAGUUGUGUCUUCCUUUCCUGUGUUUCCUGAUGCUUCAUAUCUAGGAAAUAAUUGCCAGUGUGGACGCCCCAUUCUCCAGAGAUCCUCCCCCCUCAUCACCCUCCAUGUCCUUGAGAGAUGCCUGUUCCACUAACUGGAACCUUCUGGAGACAGAUUGGGACAGCCAGUAUUUGCUCCCUGUUCUGGAGAUCCAUCAGUUUGCAGCUAGGUGCUGUGAAGCAACCUGAGCUUCAUAAAAGUCAGUAAGUGGAGCCACUAGCUAGACCUGGACACGGGCAUAGGCCCACACACCCCAGGGCUGUGACCAAGAAAAUGAUUGCCCGUGGGCAGAGUGGGGGCCUGUCCUAAAGGGGGCAUUUUGAGGAGGACACAUCUUAAGGUGGGAGAGGGGGGCAGGAGGGUCACUCUUCCUGACGUCGGGCUCCUCCCCACGCUGCCCCAGGCAGAAAUGUCCCCUGCACAAGUGUCCUACCCAUCCGCUGCCUCUUCCUCUACCUGAACAGUAAGUCAGCAUAGAAUGAGGGUGACGUCCGAGACGCAGGAGUCCUCCCCGUCCUGCAGGGACAAGGGACCACUCCACAGGCGAGAUGUUAGCCAUUACUUGCCUUCAGGGCCUCCCUGACUGGCCUCGGGAAACCUGUCUUCUCACUGUGCCAGGCUGUGAACCUCCCCUCAGUGCCCGUGAAUUAAUAAGCCGUGUCUGCCAAUAUGAAAAUAGUGACAAAUACAUUAAUUUUCCUGUUAAUUCUCACUUUCUAAUUUGUGUCUCUUAAUUGUGAUCAAUGUACGUUUUUUCUGUGCAUGGCAAGUUCAUACACAGUUGAUGGAGAGGAAAACCCUCCGGGUGGCAGACAGACAGGGCCCUUUAUUUGGUCUCUUUCCUCUUACUGUCGACUCCCUUCCUCGCCUCUCCCCAGCUCGGGUUUUACCUUCUUUGUUUUCUAGGCCACACCCGAGCUUACACCGGGGCAGGGUGUAACCCCAGGGCCAGGGAGGAGAGGUGAUCAGGGCCCGUGAGUUUAUAUAUUCUUCUUCAAAGGAGGAAAAAAUCCCUCUUCUACAGAACAAAAGCAAAUAAAUCUUGUCUCUAAUC